GUUUAAAAUUAUGAAUAUUCUAGAAAUAGGCAAAAAGUCUAUAAAUAGUUGGCAAUAGCACUCCUAAUUCUCUAAACCCUUAUUUCGUGCACAUCGGUUUCUCCGUUGAAGAAGCGCCGCCUCAUUUCUGAAGCACUGUAUCACAUUAGAUUUGUGAGGACAUGGCGACCGCCCGUGUUCCUACCAACUCCCUGAUCACAAGCAUGCCACAAAACCAAACUGCGAGUCCGUUUAUCAGAAUCCCAGCCUCGUUGGGGUCUGUGAAGAGUGUCACCAAAGCCUUUGGCUUGACAGCAAAGGCUGAUUUCAGGGCAUCUGCAAUGGCUACAUAUAAGGUCAAAUUGAUCGGAGCAGAUGGUGAGGAGUGCGAAUUUGAGGCACCUGAUGAUUGUUACAUCCUCGACUCUGCUGAAUCUGCAGGAGUGGACCUGCCUUACUCGUGCAGGGCUGGCGCGUGCUCCACCUGUGCAGGCAAGAUUGUAUCGGGCUCUGUGGAUCAGUCGGAUGGCUCGUUUCUUGAUGACAAUCAGAUGAAGGAAGGGUACUUGCUCACUUGCGUUUCCUACCCCACUUCAGAUUGUGUGAUCCACACUCACAAGGAGAGUGAGUUGUAUUAAAAUUGUGUGUUGUUUUGCUGAUGUUUUGGCUUGUUAGCUAGUACUUAUGAAGGAGCACAGCAGACUCGGUUGCAAAACUUGUAAUAAAUGUUGUGCAUUAUCGUGGAAUGAGUUAUUUCAGAUGAA